AUGGUGGUGUGUGAUGGUAAUUAUUCACCAAUAGAUCAAGAUGAAUUUAACAAGAGUAAGGUUCUGUUUUAUUAUUCUAAGGAUUAUCAAGAUAUUCAGCGAGAUGCUGCUCAUGGCGAACCCACAUGUGAUAAAGAUUAUAAGGAAUAUGUUGAAAAUUAUAUUAGUAUGUAUAACAAGGCAUAUUUAGAAUGCUCUGGAGAAAAAAGAAAAACAAAUUUAUAUUGUCAUAAUUUUUAUAAAUUAUUCGAGAAAAAUCAAUACGCAACAUUAUCCUCAUUUACGUGUACCCUAUCUGAGAAACACAAUGAAAUUUUAGAACAACCUAAAGAACAUAUAACACAGAAACAUGCACAAAAUGAACAAUCUGUGGAGACUACAAUUGUACAAGAUUCCCUUGGUCAUCAGAGCACAGCAGAUGGUUACACUUUAGAAAGGGAACCUAGUUCAAAAAUUCAACAAAAUCUAGAAAAAAUGCAACCAGUUGCAAUACAAGACAAUGCUGAAGGUGGACACUCAAAAAGUAUUACAGGUUCAGUUGUUCCAGUAUUAGGAGUUCCUUUUAUUUCUUUUCUACUAUAUAGAUUUACACCAGCUGGAGGAUUUAUAAACAAAUUACUAGGAAGGAACAUAAAUAUGUAUAAUCCUAUAGAAGUUAUAGAUGAAUCCAACCCAUAUAGUGAAGAAAUGGUUGAUGGGCGUAGAAGAAUUAAUAUAUCCUAUCACAGAUUAUGA